AUGGCAACAUCAAGUACUAACGGUGUUAUCGAGCUAUUGGAAAAGUUCUUAAAGAUUCUCAAAGAAGAACAAGUGUUUGAUGAAACUCGUUCUUUCAUACCUAUGCUUCAUUCCAAAGAUUUGCAGAAGGAGAUAUCAUUUUCUUUGGACAAUGAGCCAGCAAGCGAUGAGCAAAUCGAAGACGUAAUACGACAGAUUAUACGACGAUCUGUGAAAACGUCCAGGUCGCAUUUUUAUAAUGAAUGGUAUGGGAGCCUUGACGAGUAUGGAUUAAUUGGCUCCUGUUUGACGGAAGCGUUGAACACUAGCAUAGAUACUUACGAAAACGCUCCUGUAUUUACGCUGAUAGAGAAGGUUGUGAUACAAGCAUCAUUGAAUUUGAUGGGCUACCCAUUUCGUAGCGACGGUAUAAUGACGCCGAGUGACACUGUAUCGAUCAUGUAUGCAAUGAUAGCCGCUAGACAUACCAUGGAUCCAUUAAUUAAUAAACAGGGCAUGAACACACAUAUUCCAACUUUAUCGUGUUUUACCAGUGAAUGUGGCUAUAACUCCGUUAUGACAGCUGCUCAUUGGUUGGGCAUUGGUAUCGAAAACGUUUACACGGUAAAAACGGAUAAGUUUGGUCGCAUGGAUACGAAUAAUCUAAAAAAAGUUUUAAAGAAAGCGACAAUACAGAACACAGUACCGUUUUUUAUGAACGCCACUGCUGGCACUUUCGUAUUUGGGGCUAUCGAUCCGUUGCGGAAAUUAUUACAAAUUUGCCAGCGAUGGAAUUUAUGGCUACACGUAGAUGCCCGCAUUUGUGGUUCUUUGAUGUUCUCCAAGACAUUCCGACAUAGAUUACGAGGCAUCGAACGUUCACACUCGAUGUCUUGGAAUCCUCAUAAAAUGCUCGGCGUACCAUAUCAGUGUUCUAUGAUCUUGAUUAAAAGUAAGUCCGAGAGGAGUGUACAUUCUUAUUUAAAAACAAUAAAUGAAGGUGAAAAACACUAUAUAAUUGAUUUAGACAGUGUUAAGAGUACACAAAGCAGUAGAAAGGUCGAUGCAAUGAAAUUUUGGUUAAUGUGGAAAGCUCGCGGCAAGAGUGGUUUACAGCAAUUGAUGAAUCAAGCCAUAUUCUGUGCAAAACACUUAUUAAUACAAAUUAAAAAGACCGAUGGCUUUCGUUCGGUACUGGAACAUUACGAUGGUACCACCAUUUGCUUUUGGUACAUACCUCCGAGCAUGCGUAAUGCGAAAGAGACUCCAACUUGGUGGGAAAGAAUAUACAUAGUCACAGUAGAAAUAAAAAACCGUUUGAUUCUGGAUGGAAUUUUCAUGAUCGAUUGUGCGUCCUUACCGCAAUCGAACUUGGGCAAUUUCUUUCGCAUAAUGGUGGAAUGUCAUCCGUUACCCUCACGAUCAUCCAUGAAUUACAUCCUUAAUCAAAUAGAAAAGGUCGGGGCUGACUUGUAA